GAAAUUAGCAAGACCGGUUCUUCUUCUCUAGAAUCCAGAGUUCUGGCAUCAUGUUACAUCAAACCAGCUGCCAUUUCUGACCCCUCACUCUUUAAGUCAUUCUAAAAUAUUAUUGCCAAGGAGCUCAGAUGAAUAUGAACAAUGACUUAUCAUUGAUAAGGCAAGCCAAUUAGCAGUCUUGCAUAAACCUUGUGGACUUGUCUUUACUUGAGAGGCCCAUUUAGCUAAACAGAUUGGGUAAUGAAAAACUUGGGGUAGCUUUUCUCACUGCCGUUACCCAUGCUAGGAAGUUAAGAAAACCUACGUUGCCUAGUUCAAAGCACAUGGGAAUGAGCCAGUCAAUAGACCCUAUUUGCAUUCACAAUGAUAUAACUAGCACCAAGCUUUCUCCUAAAGAAAAGAAAAAUAAUGCAUCCACUAGCUCUCUUGCUCCUUAUAAGUUCUAAGGCACCGAGAUUCCUCUCCAUUACAAACGUCUCUUUCUCUCUUUAGAUCGAUAUGGGGAACUACAGAGCUCAAGGGUUUGCAGCAGGUCUACACAAGCUUGCCAUUGUAGCCUUCUUUGCUUCAAUGCUGCUUGUGUCGUCGUUGGCAUCAUUGGAAGUGGGUUACUAUGAAUCAAAAUGCCCGAUGGCGGAGAAGAUCGUGAGACGGACUGUAGUGAAAGCCGCAGCUAGAGAUCAUGGGUUGGCUGCUGGUCUAAUAAGGCUGUAUUUCCAUGAUUGCUUUGUUAGGGGCUGCGAUGCUUCAGUUCUACUGGAUCCACUCCCCAACAACCCAUCAGAAAAACUGAGCCCGGCCAACAAUGCUAGCCUCCGAGGCUAUGAGGUGAUCGAUGAUGCCAAGGCCGAGCUCGAAGCCUUCUGCCCAGAAACCGUCUCGUGCGCCGAUAUCAUCGCCUUUGCUGCCCGCGACAGCACGUUCAUAACCGGUGGGCUCGACUACUCGGUACCCUCCGGCCGGCGCGAUGGCAUGGUCUCAAUUGAUUCUGAAGUCGUUCAGAACCUCCCAUUCCCUACGUUCAAUGCAGAACAACUCAUAAAAAGCUUCGCCGGCAAGGGUCUAUCAGUCAAGGACAUGGUGACCCUCUCAGGGGCUCAUUCCAUUGGUGUCUCGCAUUGCUCAUCCUUUGAUAGCCGACUUUAUAGGUUCAAUGCUACCCACCCACAAGACCCCUCCUUGAACCACCACCUCGCCAACUUCUUGAAAGCAAGGUGCCUUCCUUCUUCCAAGACUGUUAGGACUCAAACAGAGCCAACGGUGCCGUUGGAUAUCAAAGCGCCAAACCAUUUGGACGUGAAGUACUACAAGAAUUUGUUGAAGGGGAAAGGUUUACUGACAUCCGAUCAAACGCUGGCUGGUAGCAGGUCGACGCUUGGACUGGUGAUCGAUCAUGCGAGAAAUCCUUCGAAAUGGAAAGAGGAGUUCGCGGCGGCCAUGGUGCGCAUGGGCAACAUCGACGUGCUCACUGGGAAUAAAGGGGAGAUAAGGAAGAACUGUAGGGUGGUGAAUGAUUAGGAUGUAUAUAUAUGAGAGAAAACCAUGCAGGAUUUAUAUGCGUGAAGUGUUUGUUUCAGUUUUAUGUUUGUUACUUAAUUUGUCUUCUGUCUGAUGCCAUGUCUUAUUAUUUUGUAUUUCUGUUCUUAUUAUUUUGUAUGGUGCAAAAUUCGUGUGCAUGAGUGAUGAAAGCAAAAAUUGUAUGAACUGUUUGAAACACAUGAUGGGUUUUUGUUAAAAGCAUGAUAUGUACCAUUGCAAGUUCUAAUU